CAACUUGACUUUUUCGCACAAUGGCGAACUCGACCCCGCAAUGUGUUCCUGCUGAAGAUGUUAACUCAUCCUACAACCCGCCCGUAAUUAUCAUCAUAUUAAUCCUCGGGCUUGCUGGAAAUACGAUUGCUUUGUGGAUCUUUUGUGUUCAUGUGAAGUCGCGGAAACCAAGUAUUAUAUAUUCACUGAAUCUCAUGAUUGCAGACACUCUGUUACUGUGCUGUCUACCUUUACGAGCUGUUUAUUUUAUCCGAGGGAAGGACUGGAGUUUUGGUGAUGGACUGUGUCGACUGAACGUUUUCAUGAUUUCCCUGAACCGAACUGGAAGCGUCUUUUUCCUCAUGGUUAUAGCGAUCGAUCGUUACUUUAAGGUGGUCCAUCCACUCCACAAGGUAAACAGGAUCUCUACAAGGUGUGCGGUGAUGAUAGCAGGCGGUCUGUGGAUUGUAGCGGUGGCUAUUUGCUUGCACUUGCUGAUAGACGAACUUGACUUCGAACAACACAACGUGACAAACUGUGAGCCUUUCAGCAUAACGAAGGAUCUACGUCCCACAGCACUUUGGACUGGCUUUAUUUUUAUAUUUUUUCAGUUUCUUUUGCCAGUUUCAGUUAUCCUGUUCUCUACGUCCUCCAUCAUCUGGAGGUUACGGCAGAUGGAAGCUGGAAUGCGGGCGAAAUAUAAGCGAACUGUGAAACUUGUGAUAGCCGUGGCUGCGGUUUUUGUCAUUUUUUUCUUGCCCAGCAGUGUUGCUGUGGUCGCGGUUUUGGUGACUAAACUGAGAAGGUCAAUUGACAGCAAGUCGUAUCACAUAGCAGCGAAUAUCUUUUACAAUACGUUGUUUAUAACGUAUCUGAACAGUGUGGUCGAUCCCAUUAUUUACUAUUUUUCUACUUCGCAGUUUAAAGAUGGUUUGGAGAAAGCUCUGCUUCCUCUUAAUUUAAGCUGUCGCAGAUCAGCCACUGAACAAGGAACAUCUACAGAAGAGCAGACUGUGGAUCAGCAAACGAGCUCAUCAGCAGCCAUCCAAUGUUCCUGGUCCGCGUGA